CACUCUUUACGGAUUAAGCUUUAAUUUUAAUAUAAGCCCCCAAAUAAACUGAUAAUUAUCAGACACCAAAACCGAACCAAACGUUCGGUUUACUCUUUUUUUCUUCUUCUUUUUCUUCUGUUUCGUCGAGUCAUCUGGGAGGAAGAAAGAGAGUAGUCGAGAGAGAGAGAGAGAUGAGGAAUAAGGUGAACUCGCUUCUGAAACGAGGGCUCAAAGUAGUUGGCGAUGGCAUGUUGCUCAACAUAAUCCAAUCUGAACUCCGUCACGAAAUCUCCAACCCUCGUUUCCUGGGCGUUGAGACAGGUAAGCUAGGGGGUUUCAAGCUGGAUUGGGAUUCUCCGGGAAACAGAGACAUUGUCCUGAGGAGACGGUUUGAUUCAGGGGAAGAGGUUGUGGUCUCUGCUUUACUACAACAGGAGCCCAUUGAUGAUGCUGAUGAUAUAGCGUUUCCAAGGGGAGCUGUGGCUAAAGUUUGUAUCAGUAAGCCUAGUCUCAGCUCUGUCUUGCAGUUUGAUUGCCGGGUUUUAGAAACGGGUCGUGGAAGUUCUGAUUUUGAGAUUGAGAGAGCUUUUUAUAUCCGCUCUUUGUGUGGUUCUUCACCUAACGGAGGGGAGUUUUUCAGUACAUUAGAUCCGAGACUACAGGAUGCUUUGAAGCAGUACCUAACAUCCAAGGGAAUCCGUGAAGGACUAACGAAUUACAUCUUGUGUCAUCUGAACAAGAAGGAGCAGGAGCAGUACGUUAACUGGUUACACAAGCUUGAAUCGACAGUGUCACACUCUCUGAAGCCGUGAGGUGUUCAACUCCAUUUGUUCAUUUGUUUUUUUUUUUACCUUCUUAUUCUUCUUGGAGUUUUUUUUGCAAUGGCAAUGAUCUUGAGAUUAGCAUAAUCAGCUUUGCCAUGGUUUUUGUUUUAGGGAGAGUUUAUUGACAAAAUAUAUGUUAACUGGUGAAUUCCAAACAAAAUGGGACAAGAAAAUCUUAUGCU